GGUUUCUAAUUUAUCGACUUGAUAGAAAUGUCACAAUCCUAACCUCCUUGGUUUACGCAAAUGUCAACCAGUGUUAAUUUUUGCGAACAUCAAUAUCAAUCAGGUAAAAAAAACGAAGUCAGUGUGAAAACAAACUAGGAAAUUAAUCAAAAUGAGAUUCAGAUUUCUUGGUGAUGGCGACUGUCCAGAUUGGUUGCUGGCGGAAAUCAACACACUUUCGCGAAUGACUUCGAUUAAAAUGAAAAUGCUAGGCCAAGCAGUGGCUAAAUAUUUAACAGAAGGAGAACUUGAUGAGGAAAAGAUAAAAAAGAUCACACAAGACGCUAAACUUGAUGUAAACGAUGCAAAGGCAAUGGUGGCCGCUCUCGAAUUAAUCUUUACAUCUUCCGCUCGUUAUGGUGUUUCUGCUGCUGACUUGAGCAGUGAGCUGCAACAAUUGGGACUUCCACGAGAGCAUAGCACUGCCGUAGCAAGACUUCACACAGAUCACUGUUCUCAGAUCACGGCUGUUCUUUCAUCUCAAUCUUUAAGAGUCAGUCGCUUGUCCUCCAUUGAAGUACUACCUUGCGAUACUACUUCGCCUGUUUCCACAGUGACAUUAAAGUUGAAGAAAAUAGACGGCAAUGAAGAAGAUUCCACUAUAAACAUCUCGAAAGAUGACGUACAAGUAUUAUUGAAAGAAUUAAAAAGAGCCCGGGCGCUAAUGGAAAAUUUGUGAAUACUUAAUAAUAAUUAGAAUUUUCACAUUGUAUUGUAAUCACUGCACAAUUCGCCGAUAAAAAUAUGUACUAUUACAAUAAAAAUGAGAUGAAGGAAAUCUUUUAAUUUCUGUAAGAUGGAUCGAGGAAUGGAAAAUAUCUCGUGCGGAUAUUCAGUGAAUAAUUUACUUUUAUUCUCUUAGUAAAUGAAUAUACAAAGUUUACAUUUAAUUUACUGGUUUAUACGAUGCAUUGAAUAAUAUUGAUACGUUGUGACAAUAAUAAAUGUCGCUGUUAA